AUGGGCAAAACCAAAGUCCGCCUGGAAGAUCUCCCAUUGGAAAAAAGACUCAGAGUCACCCUGUACAAUAUAGAUGACUGCAACGCCGCAAUUCGCGGCCAAAAGAUACCUGGUGCACUCGGACUAAAAGUCCAACGCUUCGCUGUUAUCCGUGGCAUUCGACACCACGAUGGUUUCGCCCACGAGUUACGCGGCGUCGCACCAGAGUUCACUCGUGCACUCAACGCGCGUGCAAUUAUGAGCGGAGUGAUCCCGGAGAUCAACGACUCCCCUGAGAUACCCUAUUGCAUCUGGUAUCCGGAACCUCCAUCCCAGGAGACCCUUCGCAAUUUGGUGAAGCGUUAUCCCAACAUGAUUUAUCACGCUGCUCGCUCCUGUGCCGUGGCGGGAUACUUUGAUCUUUACUCGGAGCUUCAGGUUCUUCCCGAGGUUCAUGUUGCUGCCGAGGCUCGCGACGCUAGCCUAGCAAGGAAGAACAAAGGAGUGGAUAACAGCAGCAAGCAUUCCGUCAAUCUUGUUGAUUACAUCGAGUGGGAUUCGAAAGAGUACAAUACGUAUAACCACUUCAACAUCACUGAGGAUCUGGGAAUCGACGAUCAUAGUUGCGGUGCGCCUGAGCCUCUGGCCAGCUUUUGGCCACUUCUGUAUUCGCCUCUGCCGUCAGACCUUCCACCAGUCAAUAAAGACAACCUGAUUCUAUCGGCUGCAUAUAGAGGUGACGUGGAUCGAUAUGUACGCCUACGACGCCCACAGAUGAUCGAACAAGAAUUCCACGCUAUCAUUUUGGGGAUCUACAAUCACCCCCUUUGGGCGCGAUGGUGGAGCACACAGGUGCCAGAGGUCUCCGAUAAAAGUGAGGACGUAUCCCUAAGGCGCGCAAUCAAUGCUCGACGCAUCAUCAGCGACGAUAUUACUUGUAUCACGCUAAGUACCCCGGUAUCGCUGGUACCUCGCAGAAUCUGGUGGCCUAGUGUUGCUUCCCCAGUGACCUACGUGCGUCUCGCGCAGAAAAGACCUGAUAUGCUCGCGUCUUGUCUACGAGCAUGUAUUGUCGCUGAUUACGAAGAUGCGUGGGAUGAAAUCCUGAUCGGGUCAUCCGAUGGCCCGAAUGAUUUCCAAAGUCACUCGACUUUCCGAAGUCGUCACAUCGCAGAUCUAUGCCGAGGCUAA